AUGGCGGUCCUGGCGCCUCUGAUUGCUCUGGUGUACUCAGUGCCGCGGCUGUCGCGAUGGCUGGCCCGGCCUUACUGCCUGCUGUCGGCCCUGCUCUCCGCUGCCUUCCUACUCGUGAGGAAACUGCCGCCUCUCUGCAACGGCCUCCCCACCCAGCGCGAAGACGGCAACCCGUGCGACUUUGACUGGCGCGAAGUGGAGAUCCUGAUGUUCCUCAGUGCCAUCGUGAUGAUGAAGAACCGCAGGUCCAUCACUGUGGAGCAGCACGUGGGCAACAUCUUCAUGUUCAGCAAGGUGGCCAACGCCAUCCUGUUUUUCCGCCUGGACAUCCGCAUGGGGCUGCUGUAUCUCACGCUGUGCAUAGUGUUCCUGAUGACCUGCAAGCCCCCGCUGUACAUGGGUCCCGAGUACAUCAAGUACUUCAGCGACAAGACCAUCGCUGAGGAGCUGGAGCGGGACAGGGGCGUCGCAUGGCUCGUGGAGUUCUUUGCUAAUUGGUCCAGUGACUGCCAGUCAUUUGCUCCCAUCUACGCCGACCUCUCCCUCAGGUACAACUGCUCAGGGCUGAACUUCGGGAAGGUGGACGUGGGGCGCUACACUGAUGUCAGCACGCGGUACAGAGUGAGCACGUCGCCCCUCACCAAGCAGCUCCCCACGCUCAUCUUGUUUCAAGGCGGCAGGGAGGUCAUGCGGCGGCCACAGAUUGAUAAAAAAGGGCGCGCCGUCUCCUGGACCUUCUCUGAGGAGAACGUGAUCCGCGAAUUCAACCUGAAUGAACUGUACCAGCGGGCCAAGAAGCUGUCCAAGGCUGCGGACAGCGUUCCCGAGGAGCAGCCAGUGGGCCCGGCAGCGGAAGACAAGAAAGUCAAAUAGGGUCCCCCGGGCCGUCCUGUCCCUGAGGGCCCUGCACCCUCCUAACAGACCCGAGCCGGCCGCCUCCUCGCCCAGUGGGCUGCGCAUGUAUGGGCAGGGGCACCUCGGACCCCGCCGGAGGGGGACGGUGGCCGGCCGCAUCAGCUGCUGUGCCCUUGGUGGAGCAGCCUGGGGUCUUCUCACUCCUCGCCAAGCUGCGCGGCAGAGGCAGUGUCGGGCCGGAGACCCCUCCAGACCCUGGCUCACAGUGGCUCUCCUGCCGGGAGCUGUUCGUGUGAAGUACACGUCUAAUAAUAUAGAGUAGAAGCGGUCCCCGCCCCUGGGCCUGGGAGGAGCCUGGGGCCGCGCCGAGAAGCCGGUGCUUAGUGAUGGAUGGGCGGCAGGGGGGACCCAUGUUCUGGAAUAAAAAGAUCUGCUCCCUUUUCAGUG